AUCAUUAUUCUUGGUUGCCUCACCCGCAUGCCCCUUCUCUCCUCUCUCUUUCUCUCACCCUCACUUCCACUCUCUCUCUCCUCCUAUAAAUCUCAUGCACUUCCCACUUCUCUCUCUCACCUGUAGUCCCCAUACCAUCCCUAUCUAUAUCGUAUAUCAUCUCCUUCUCACUUUUCACCUAUCACCACCCACUACUGCUCUGUUCUCAUCUUUGUCUUGUAUUCAUUAAUUAUCUUUGAAAUGGCUGUCUCUGGUUUCGAAGGCUUCGAGAAGCGCCUGGAGCUCCACUUCUCCGGUGAUGACCCGGUGGUCGGAAUGGGUCUCCGGCACCUGGAUUUCGAGUCGCUGGAGCAGGUGCUGCAUGCUGUGCAAUGCACUGUGGUGUCGGCGGUGGGAAACCACUACUUCGACGCGUAUGUGUUGUCGGAAUCGAGUCUGUUUGUCUACCCCACCAAGAUUAUUAUCAAGACAUGUGGUACCACCCAGCUGUUGAAAUCAAUCCCUCCAUUGCUCCACCAUGGACGCCACCUGGGUCUGGCUAUGUGCGGGUGUAGGUACACCAGAGGCAGCUUUAUCUUCCCCAAAGCGCAGCCCUUCCCCCAUACUAGCUUUAGAGAUGAAGUUAUCUACUUGGAACAGAGCUUGCCCAGUACUCUCUGCUACAGAAAAGCUUCUGUUAUGCCCUCCAAGAUGUCUUCUCAUUCAUGGCAUGUCUUCUCCGCAAGCGACGAGCCUCACAUGGUGCUCCAGCAUAUGCCCGAUGUGUUGUACACGCUAGAGGUCUGCAUGACCGACCUCGACCGCGUCCUCGCUCGAAAAUUCUUCCUUCGUCCCGGAGCUGGGAAGGCCGGCGACGUGGCCGGAAAGGAGAUGACGGAGCUCACGGGCAUCGGCGACAUCAAUCCCGGCGCUCUCAUCUGCGACUUCGCGUUCGACCCAUGUGGGUACUCCAUGAAUGGGAUCGACGGCGACCGUUACUCCACAAUCCACGUAACCCCGGAGGACGGCUACAGCUACGCCAGCUUCGAGUGCGUGGGCUCAAUCUACGACGACCAAAACGACGUCGUCCAGGUGCUGAAGAAGGUGGUGCAAGUGUUCCGGCCGGCAACCAUGUCCGUUUCCACCACCUGCACCAGCCACGAAGUGUGGACACGCGUGGCCACCGCUCUUGAGCCGAUGGGAUUGAAAUGCCGGAGCUGCGCGGUGGACGAGUUCCCGGCUGCCGGAAGCAUGGUGUUUCAAACGUUCACGACUCGCCGGAAGGAGAAGAGGUUGGUGGAAGUAGACAUGUGAAAACGGAGAAAGUGAGAGAGGAAACGGAGAAAGUAGGAGUUAGAAUUUAGUAGAAAGAAAUUCUUAGGGGGGUGAUGAUGAGGGGUGAUGGAAGGGUUUAUGUGAUUAAUUGGAUUAUAGAUGAUGGAUUUGUGGGGUUGACUUUGUGUAGAGAAAGAUCAAAAAAAGAAAAAAAAGAAAAAAAAAAGAAAAAAAAAGGAAAGAAAAGUGGGUGAAUAUAGAGAUGAGGAUGAUGGUGAUGUGCAAAGUGUGAAUGAUAAUGCACCCCACUUUGCUUUGUCACGCCUAAGAUUUUGAGGUUUUGUGUAGUGGGGGGGAAAAGUGCUCUGCUUCUUCUUCUUCUUCUUCUUCUUCUUGGAGGUUUAUAUUAACUCACUUUUGUCUUUCUCUUCUUUCA